AUGCCACCCAACUCGCCAACGCACGCACUCCAGAUCUCCUACGUUGAAAAACUCCUCGUUAAUUUUCCCAGCUUACACGAACCCACCCACAAUGGACCAAUUAUCCAGAUACUAGCGCGCGGUUGUGGCGCUGGAACCCCAUGCACCCAAUUCCUCGCUUCUCACAAUAUGAUCAAAGUAAUAGGGAACGACAUCUCUGCAGCUCAGAUCGCAACGGCGAGAACGCAUCUACCCGAGUCCGUGGAGCUGGUUCAAGGCGAUAUGAUGGAAUUACAGUUUCCUUCGGCCGGACUUGAUGCAGUUAUAGCGAUGUAUUCGAUCUUCCACUUGCCCAGGGAUGAACAGACUGUUAUGCUGGACCGGGUGUUUCAGUGGCUUAAACCGGGGGGCUUUCUACUGAUGAAUUUUUCGGUGGAAGAAAUAUCCGCGAUCACUGACCCCACUUGGUUAGGGGGCACAGAGGGAACGAUGUAUUGGAGUGGAUGGGGCGCUGGAAGCUCUUGGAUUUAGGUAGGUUGGUUCUGGAUAAGGUUGUGGUUGAUUUGGAAGAUGAUGGAGACAGGAAGUUGGAAAUUCCUUUUCUUUGGAUUAUUGCGCGGAAACCAUGUACAGACCCUGCCGAAUAACUUCACGGAAUCAGCCUAUUAUCUUAAAUUUGAACAUUCACAACAAAUCCUAUACAUUGGAAACCCAAACAAAAGUCUAUACUAGUUAUUUUGGGUAUUUGCGCAUGUUUAUAUUCUGGUAUCUUGUGCG